AUGUCCAAAGAUGCUCUGUUGGCCAUUCCAAAUGUGUGGAAACCUGAGCUGUAUAAAAUACAGCUCGAAGCCCCUACACCGAAGCCAGUGCUAUGCGAACGGGAAGACAUAAUGGGACCAACACGCUACGGAAAGGAGUUUCACGGUACAAUGAACCACAAAGAGUGCGAGCAAAAGCUUAAGGAUGAACCCGUUGGCAGUUACUUAGUGCGACGCAGUCCUGGAGCCGAUAACUAUUAUACUCUCAGUAUGCGUGUCGACCAAGCGAUUAAGCAUUUUAAAAUAUUCUACUCUCCUGAAAAAGGCCACUUUCUUCAGGAGAACUUCAAAAAGUUUGACACCAUUCAGGAGAUGGUGGCUGAUGGUUUGGUGGAUUUCUAUAUGCGACUGCACGCUGCUCCAAUUUUAAAGGAAAUGAUGAGCCAAACAAACAAGUGUUACGAACAGAGUCCCUACAUGACCCUUCAUCGGCGCAAACUUCGUUCAUUGUGUAGCGAACUUUGCAAACCGACGAAAUUGCCCAUGGUGCAAGAUAUCUCAGAGACGACUGAUUCAGAAUUUGCCACUGAACGGGAGCACGAAACGAAUGGGACUGGUCAGACGCUUAUUGAAAAGCUUGACUUAGACGAUAAUGUUUAUCUGGAGUACCAAAAGCAGCAUGCGUUCAAAACGCACACGUUUAAGGGCCUAAAUUGGUGCGAGUUAUGUGCAAAUUUUCUCUGGGGCUUUACCUCACAGGGAGUUAAAUGUGACGACUGUGGGUUUAUGGCACACUUCAAAUGUUCGGAACUAGUACCAGAGAAAUGCAUACCCGAUCUGAAGCGGCUACGCGGAAUAUUUGGUGUAGAUUUGACCACACUAGUGACAGCGCACAAGUGCCGCAUCCCAUUUAUUGUGAAAAAGUGCGUCGAAGAGGUAGAAAACCAUGGCAUGUUGCAGGAAGGCAUUUACCGCAUAUCGGGUUUUGCGGACGAAAUAGAAGCGCUAAAGAUGGCUCUAGAUAAGGAUGGUGAAAAGGCGGAUGUGUCUUCGCAAAUGUAUAGCAACGUUAAUGUGAUUGCCGGCGUGCUCAAGCUGUACUUACGGCUGCUGCCCGUUCCUUUAAUAACAUUUCAAUCAUUCCCAUUGUUUAUGGAGUCUAUGCGAGAAAAAUCGAUUGGCGAGCAAGUGAUAGCGUUACGAAACGCAGUGAAAGCAUUGCCACCCGCCCAUCUACAUUGCUUGAAGUACAUCCUAGAGCAUCUGAACCGCAUCGCGUCGCAUGACGCUAUCAACAAGAUGAACGAACACAAUCUGGCUACUGUAUUUGCGCCAACGCUAAUACCGACACCCCAACACAUGACAGACCUCUCGCAGGAGAUUAGUAUGCUGGCCGCCCUAAUUAGUCACUGCCAUGCAAUAUUUCUAUGAGGCGGCGCUCGGUUACAAGUCUUGCCAUUAGGAGCCAGGCCAAAA